GUUCUAGAUAAAAUGAUGUCACUUAUUUUACUCUUAUGGUCUCUUCCCAUAAUCUUCAUUCUAUACUUCCAAAUACAAAAACCUAAAAAUGCCAACAAACUCACACCACCGGGCCCACCGGGGCUGCCAAUCAUCGGCAAUAUGCUCCAACUCGACGGCCAGUUUCUGCACAUGUACUUCCAGCACCUCGCUAAGCAAUACGGCCCCAUCAUAUCUCUCAAGCUUGGAAUCCGGCGCGUCGUUGUGAUUUCCUCAGCAGAAGCAGUGAAAGAGAUCUCAAAAUCAAACGAUGCUGUUUUCUCAAGCCGACCUACUCUUGUCGCCAUGAAGAGGCUGACGUAUAACGGCAUAGAAGUCGGGUUUUCGGCCUACAGCGACUCGUGGAGGGAGAUGAAGAAGAUCUCCACCCUCCAUCUCUUUAGCACGAAGCAAGUUCAAUCAUUUUACCCUAUUUUCAUGGAUGAAGUGAGCAAGACGAUGGAGAAGAUUGCAAGAGAUGCCUCUUCUUCCACCGUCGUCAAUUUCAGUGAGACGACGACGUCGCUUUUAGGUAAUAUCAUGUUCAGAUGUGUGUUUGGGAGUAUUUAUGGAGGUGAUCAAGGAUAUAAAAAGGAUCGUUUCAAGGAUCUUGUUCGCGAAAUUCAGCUCAUAUAUGCAGGCUUUUUUGUGGAGGAUUACUUGCCUUGGUUUCGAUGGAUUGAUAGCCUCUCUGGAAUGACUGCAAAGCUUGAAAAGAAUUUUCACAACAUGGAUUCUUUUUGUCAAGAAUUGAUUGAAGAGCAUUUGAAUCCGAAUAGGCCUAAAUCUAUGGAAGGUGACUUCAUCGAUAGUUUGUUAAGGAUUAAAGAAAAUGGACCCUCUUCCUUUCCUCUUACAUUAAACCAUAUCAAAGCUCUAAUAGUGGAUAUGGUAACCGGAGGCAGCGGUACGGUUGUAAGUGCGAUAGUGUGGACAAUGACAGCAUUGAUGAAUAAACCUUUGUUGAUGAAGAAGUUGCAAGAGGAGAUAAGGCAGUUGGCCGGAAACAAAGAUAUGAUCAAUAAACAAGACAUAGAGAAACUUCCAUAUUUGAGGGCGGUUAUAAAAGAGGGUUUGAGAUUGUAUCCACCAGGUCCACUUUUAGUGCCAAGAGAGACUACUAAUAAGUGUAACAUAAAUGGUUAUGAAAUAGGUGGUGGAAGUAUGGUGUAUUUCAAUGCAUGGGCUAUUGGAAGAGAUCCUACCGAGUGGGAAAAUGCGGAUGAGUUCUUGCCGGAGAGGUUCUUAGAGGGACAGCAUCCGGAGUUGAUAACCUUUGGAUUCGGACGGAGAGGUUGUCCGGCAAUGGGAAUGGCGAUGGCCGAGGUGGAACUGGCAUUGGCAAAUCUUGUAUACAAAUUUAAUUGGGAAUUGCCUAAGGAAGAGGAUAUUGAUCUCGAGUGUAAGCCUGGAAUAGGAAUGCAUAAGAAGAAUGCUCUUCGGCUUGUUGCCAAGGUUGUCAUAUAAAGUUUAGUGUUUUAGAGAGUAAUCAUAUUCGUAAAUAAAGGAUUCUAAUAAAAUGAAUCCACCGAGACAGUAUUUUGAAUUAUUAUACAUGAUGUACUAUUUCAUCAGCACUACAACUACUUGCAAGUAUGUCAAGACAAUUAUAGUGUAACCAAAAGGUAAGCACAGGGUUGUCGAACCCAUGGAAUAGAAUUGAAAUUGUAUAUCAUAUACUAAGAAUCAUAUACUAUCUCGAGACAUAAUAUUUGGGAUUA